AUGGAGUCGGUUGGACAAAUACUUCGUCUCCUGAAGAAAUGGAACGCAUCGUCAAAUACAAGGUCGGAGUGCCCUUCAACCCUACCGUUACUUUACUUCAACAGGGAUCUAUCUCGGGACUCGAGUUGGGUGCUUGUCGAUAACGACGACCCUGUUUUCCAGUACGAAGGUGAAUGGGAGACGAACCCGGAAGGAGUCGAAGCUAUUAAUCGGGAGUCUAUUCGGGCUGGACCCGUCUUCAAUUACACCUCUCGGUGGACGAGAAGUGGCGGGAGUGUAUCUGUUACCUUCCAAGUCGAUGGCCAGCCGGUGCCUUCAAUUGCACCCUCCUUCGGCCUCCUCAAUAAUCAAAUCCUCUGCGACUCAGGCCGAGUACUCCAUGAAUGGCACACCCUCACCCUCAAUGUAACAGGAAGGGGUGACCCACUCUGGGUCGAUUUCUUCCGGUACACCCCUACACCCAUCCCUUUUCUCGAUCCACCUCUAACCUGGUUCACGAAUGAUACGCUCACGAACCAGUUCUUUUUCAAAACGCCACAAUUGCCCCACGAGAGUCACCGCCUCAGGGUCGUGUACCAUGGCAACUCCUCGUCCGUACCACUGGCUUUGGACCACUUCAUCUAUGAAGCAAAUGGGAACACCACCGGGUCCGAGUGGGACAAACUGUUCCCUACCGACGGCGGAAGUCAAGAUCAAGCUCCUCCUGCCAGAAGGGCGCUCUCUGCGGCGCAGAUUGGAGGAAUCGUAGGAGGAGUCGUCGCCGCUGCAGCGAUUAUCUUCUUGCUCCUCGCUUUUACCACCGCCUGUUUGGCUCAUGAACUACGUGCUAGGGUUUCGCUGGGUUAUUACAUCUCCUCUCAAUGGGGCGACCUUCCUGAUUUGGGUAGUCAAUCUGGCGGCGUGGGACAGUGUCUCACGCAGGAGAUGGACGAGCGCUACUUGCCUCUUAACGCCAUGAUGUACUUUGCAUCUGACGCCUGGGCUUGCUCUCUACCUGGGAAGACAUCCGACAACACUAUAUCACCUAAUACCCGACAAACUCGAAGCCAAAUUCCCCAACAGUUGUCCGGAGAAGCGACGGAACUAUGA